AUGUCGACAACAACGGCACCGACCCUGGCAGGGGAUUGGGUACCCGAUAACCAAGCCAUCUGCCUCAAGACGGACGACGUAUGGCAAUGGGACUGGGGUAUUGCAGAAGACAUGAGGACAGUCGUGGGUGGACCGUCGCAAACAACGCAAUGCCUUCCCAGCGGAUGGGACAGUGCCAUGACCUACGAGGGCACGAAAUGCCCUCCCCGUUACACCAAAGCUUGCGCGGCAGAUGAAAACCAAGAUUGGUCGGCAGUUGUCUGUUGCCCCACGAUACACAAGUUCGACUGUCCGGUGGCCUCGAAUCUGGCGAGUGUCCCACACGCCUCAAUCUUUCGAUGUGUAUCCCAAUACGCCGAUACUGGCAUAUUGACUAUGACGCGAACUUUCAUGAAUACAGCAGAGAGCACGAGCAUCGUGGCAGAGAGCACGAGCAUCGUGUCCGCGUCAUACGGCCCCAGUUAUCACCUCUUUGCACUUGGAAUCAUUUAUGCGACGUCAACUUCGACAACGACCUCAUCGUCGACCAGCAACACAAUCACACCGACCGACUCCACUUUAUCUUCCCCUAGUCCCUCAAAUAGCGACGACUCGUCAAGUGAAACUCUCAGUGUUGGAGCGAGUGUUGGUAUCGGAGUUGGAGUAGCUGCGGCGGCAGUAUUGCUCGCCCUAUUCGGGUGGCUGCUGUACAGACGAAAGAGGAAGAAUUCCAAGUUGCAGGCGGAAGAUACGCAUGCAGAUCCAGAUGCGUCGUUCUCUCUCAUUAUCAGCAACGAAUGGGGCCGUAGCAAAAUAACACAAAUAGACUCCGAAGUCAUCAUCAAGGAAGGCACAUCGGUCUGGCCUAACGAAGAAGCUGCCCUGAACCUCAUUCACUCCACCCUGCCGCCGAACACCGUGACCGUGCCCCACGUCUUCCUCGGGACCUACAACCGUGGAAAGGACGGCGUCGUCACAAAGGGCACCAUUUGGAUGGAACAUAUGCCUGGGAACACUCUAAGGGAGGCUUGGCCGUCCCUCGACCAAGUAGCUAGGGAGCGAGUCUGUCGGGAUACGUGGGCGAUUGUCGAGAAGCUCAGAGAGAUUCCUCGGCCCGAAACGGAUGACGGUGCUUUCUACCUUGCUGCUGAUGGGACCUCCAAGAUAAUUCAGACACUAUUGGGCGAUGAGCAUGACACAUAUCCCCCGAUGAAGAACGACGAGGACCUACGUGCACGCAUAUGGGAGCGCUAUGUGAAGAACAACGGCCUGUCGUAUCCUGAAGGAAAGGGGGUCUAUGAGAUGCUUCCGCGGUCUGGAGUCUCGGUCUUUACGCACGGGGACAUCCAUCCGCGAAACAUUCUAGUGGAGCAGAAUGUUGAAGAAGGUUCUGAGGUGCGCAUCACGGGCCUAAUUGACUUUGAAUCUGCAGGGUUCUAUCCGGAUUACUGGGAGUUCAGUGAGAUGAUGGCUUGUGGCAGGAAAGACGCAGAGUGGAUGGAGAUGAUGGACCGCACGAAGCCGAGAGAGUGGGAUAUCUCGGGUGUCAGGAAAGUGAGGCGGGUUCUCUUCUAG